AUAAACUUAUUCACUCUGCACUCACUUCACUUCACUUCACGUUUCGUCGGCCAUAUUGCUGUCUCCGUGCGUGCGUUUAAUAUUGAAGCAUUCAAGCACUUAGCUGUUCCGGCCUGCAGUUAACCGUAUAUUUAUUCUAUAUUUUCGACAUCUACAAGUAUAAUGGGCGAUCGUAACAAUCCCAUCAAGUUUGGGCCAGAGUGGUUACGCAAAAUGUCCAGCAAGCGCACCUCAGGCACAUCCUCUAACCCAGAUCAGAAUGCCAGCUCUAGCUCAGGCGCCUCGGGAACAACCGGCCCGCCCGCUACAGCCGGCACUCCUAGUUCAUCUGGAAAUUCUGGUUCAGCCGGUUCCUCUGGCCCUGCUGCCUCGUCUGGCCCUUCCGGGUCGUCCGGCCCUUCGGGGUCGUCCGGAGGGGCCACUGCAAACGCCAGUGCAUCCACCAAUGCAUCAGCGAACACAUCAAACAAAAGAAAUGCAAUGAUAUUGCUAGCUAAGCUGAGGUAUGGAAGAGAAGAAAUGUUAGCACUAUAUGACAGGAAUGCAGAAGCUCCGCAGGAGUUGAGAUAUAAUGAAACAUUAUAUCAACAGCGCGGGAAACAGCCAAUUGCACUAAAUAACACAUUUGAAGAUGAUGUAAGAGACAAUUUGCGGACUGCUCCACCAAUUGGUGGUAUGAUAUCUAGUGACAGAUUUACCAUAGGACGUGGUUCAGGUCGAGGCGUCGGGAUCGUCAACGAUGGACGUGGAAGAACCCGCGGGUCUUAUAUCAGGCAAAUGUCUGCAGGAAGGGGAGCAAAUUGGCAUGUGGGUACUCCGAGAAUGCCAACCUAUAGUGGAGGGGCAGAUGAUGACAGUGGCCCCAGUCGACCCUGGGCUAACAACAAUAGCAACAACAGUAACAGAAACAGUGGCGAUCAAACAGACUGGUCCACUAAAGUGUUUAGAAACAAAAGGCAGGGGAAUAAUACUAACUGGCGACAGCCGCAGUCUCGGGAUGAAGGUGAAGAGUGGCGCUCACCUGAACCCGGCAGAUCUCGUCAACACGAAAAAUGGGAUCGCGAGUGGUCUGAAAGAUCUGGUGGAGACAGACCACAAAAUUGGAACUCCAAUAGACGCCCGUGGGUAGGAGGUGACAAUCAAAACAAUGAAGAGAACUUGCCUGAAUGGGCUGGUGAAAAUGCAGAAUGUGGUGGUACUUUUGAUUCGUCAGGCGCAUUCCACGGCUACAGCAAUGAUGACACUAAUUUGCCAAAACACCAAGAUGCUUCGUAUCCAUUGACGCGAUCCCAUACUCAUGGCAGUUUUUCACGUCCAAAAGCAUUAGAAGAAGGCUCUGAAGAAUGGUGGGCUUCAGAGAAGGCUAAGAAAUUAUCACCAAAACGCUUUGAUGCCAGUGAUCUUAAAUUUAAAAAGCAGCCUGGAAUUGGAAUAGCUGACGUGGCUACUUCCAGUACAAAUCAUAAAUCAAGCACAAGUAAAGAAGAGGCAUCCCAACCGCCACAGGAGACUGUUGAAUCACAAGCUGCUGGACCAGAACCCCCGGAGGCCAAUGCCACAGCGCAAGGUGAAGACAAAUCUGGCAAACAAAGUGCAUUCAAAUCUAAUAAGUUUACUGAGAGCAAAACUUUUGACGCACUCAUGAGGUCUGAUAUUAAUUUAGGGGAAGCAAGUGAUGAGAGGAGCAACUUCCAAUCUGUCAUCAUAAACUCGAACAACAGUCUUCGUCAGAAGCACCAGCACCUCGUCCCGGCGUUAAAUGAGGGUUCACUUAAACAGCUGGAACAAUAUCAAACUAAUUUAAACAAAAAUAAUAAGGGCGAAAUAGAACAUCCAUCGCACUUAUCCGCUGAAGAAAUCAUAGUAGACAAUUUAUUUGGCAUGACUCUUGAUGAGAAGGACAUGCUUACAUCUUCUUCUAAUUCAUUAAUGACCCUUUCAAGUUCAGGCAUGUCAUCAGGAUUAGUUUCCGUGGAAAAUUCAAUGCCCCAAAAUCUGAACUUGCAAAUGAGUAUGUCAAAUUCUGCAUUAACCGAGCAGGGAAUGAAUAUGGAGUUGCAUAUGAACCAACAAAGUGGUCAAACAGCUGUCACACAAUCUUUACAUCAGUCAGCUGGCUUGCAGCCAGGCGUUCUGAAUUCAUCUGGUUUGCGCGGUGGUUUGCAAUCUGGCAUACCUGGUAUGCAGACAGGCUUACAGAUGCCUGGUAUGCCGGCUGGUAUACAAGCUCCCAAUCUGCCUUCUGGAAUGUCGAAUUCUGGUUAUCCUAUGCAAACUCCUCGAAUGCCCACAGGCUCCUUACAAAACAUGCCUUCUGGCUUGCAAGGUCCCCGUGUACAAACACCAGGCAUGCAACCUGUUCUUCAGAAUGUUGGAAUAACUAAUUCUGCAUUGAAUGCCUCACUAGGUUUGCCUAUUGGCCCUACUAUAGGAAUGCCUAUGCAAGGCAUGCCACAACAGAUCUUGCCAAAUGAUAUUAUGGCUAAUAAUGCUUCCAUGGGCGCCACUGGAAUGGGCGUAAUGGGUUCAGGAUCGAUUCAGGGUUCUGGUAACUUGCCUCGUUUUCCUACUGGAAAUGCGAUGCCUGGAAUGCCUAGCAAUGUUGGUAAUGCCUCAUUGUUAUUUGGCCAAAAUUCUAGUAGUCCAGUGAUGUCAUCUUCUAACGACUUACCAAUGUCCAACCAUGGUGGUCAAAAUAAUAUGUUUCAUCUACAUGGGAUGCAACAUUCUGGAUCUCAAGAUCCAUUUGCAAAUUCAAUCUAUAGCGAUAAUGCUUUAGCCGAGCAAUGGUAUUAUGAAGAUCCUGAGAGGAAUAUUCAAGGGCCAUUCCCUUCAAAAGACAUGUAUAACUGGUACAGAGCUGGUUUCUUCAGUCCUAGUUUAAUGGUUCGCCGAGCAUGUGAGACAAUGAUGAGACCUCUUGGCUCCUAUGGACCUACUGUACCCUUCGCUCAGCUGAACAUGAUGUCGCCCUUCCCGAUGUCUGGUGGAUUCGAACGACCUCAGGGAGCUCAUCAGAACAUGCUCAGUUCACAAAAUCCACUGAGACUAGAUGUGAUGAAUUUGGGUAACAUGAAUUUGUCUGAUAAUCCACCUAUGGACUCUUUGCAAUAUGGAUCUGUGGGACUCACAGCAAAUCAAUCAUUUGGUCAGCCGCAGCCAAUGGACACACUGUGGGGCCAGCCCUCCUCAUCAUCUGAUGUAUGGAUGCAACAGCCACUGACCCGUCCAGAAGUCAACAACUUACCAAUUUACUUUUGGGAGCAACAGCCUUCAGCCAUCAGUUCCAAUUCUCUGCUAAGUGAAGACAUAACUAAGGAGAUGAAGACAGAAGACCAGAUACUGGCUCAGUUGCGAGCGUCACAGGGCCUGGCGCCGCCGCCGCAGCCCUUCAUCCCCGACCUGCCAGGACCUGCCGCACAAGCUUCUAUGCCCGAAGACUGCUUCACAACACAAGUCAACGCUACUCCAAACAUGGAAGAACUGCACAAACUCAUACAAAAAGAUAUGUUGACUGGCAGCGUGAGCGUGGCAGAAAUAGAGGCCGAGCUCCAGACUAAAUCCGAUAAAACUUCGAAGCAAGAGCAGACCGCCAAUGAAAUCAACGUAACGAAGGCGUCGUCGCAGGCUAAGAUCGCGGCAGAAACGAAGCCUACCAAGCAGGUCAAGGAAACCGAAAAGUCUGCUAAAGCCAAGGACAACUCUACUAAGACUAAGACCAAGAAGACGAAAGAUGACAAGAAAGAAGAACUCGCUGAGAUUAAGACAAAAGAGGAUGAUUUAUUCAAGGCAGAGAAAAGAUCACAGGAACCAUCCCCAUCCAAGAACAAGAAAGAAGAUAAAUCAAACAAGAAGGACUUGGAAAAAGAAAAAAAGGAGUGGAUCAAAGAAGGAUUUACGAUCGUGAAGGGUUCAGAGAAAAGUUCCAGCAAGGAUAAUAAGAAGAAGGCUGAGGAAGCCCGCAUCGCAGAGGAGGCGGAGCGUAAGAGGAAAGAAGAAGAAAAGUUUACUGCCGACGAAGAUAAGAAGAAAAAACAGGCUGAGACAGUAAAAAAACAACAGGAGCAACAGAUCCAACUGCAGCAACAACAGCAGCGUCAGGUGUCAGAAUCUGUUGUGAAGAAAGCUCCGUGGUCAGCUGUUUCCAACCAAGCGAUGCAGGCCACAAACCGGGACGGGCUCACGCUCGCCGAGAUACAGCGGCUUGAACGCGAGAAGAAGUUAGAACAGAUGAAGGAACAGCAGCAGAUGAUGCAGAUCAUCGCACAACAGCAAGCCGCGGCAUUGGCUAGGGAACAGGAAAUGCAAGCAGGUUUGGGUUGGGCAAAGAAGAAGGGUUCCAACCAAACUCAAGCUCCGACUUUAACUGAGAUUCAGGCUGAGACGCGCAAGCAAGCAGCUGUGGCGGCAGCGGUCGCCGCAGCCACCAAAAUGAUUGAAGAAGCAGACUCUCCGCAGCCGCAGAUAAACCAUGCUCCUUGGGCCAACACUCACAACGGAGGAGGUUUUUGGGAUACACCCCCGAACCAGUCAUCUAAGGACAAGCAACAGGACUCGCAGAAGUCAUCUGAGGCCAAAAGUAAGAAGAAGCCCAACCUCGUGACCUCAUCCAAGAAGGAGAACUCUCCGGCCGUAGAGUUCGAAACUUGGUGCACUGGAGUGCUUACUUCGUGGAGCUCUAAAAUUGAUGUGCCGACUUUCGUUGGUUUCCUGAAGGAUAUUGAAUCACCAUAUGAAAUAAAGGACUAUGUCAAAUGCUACCUGGGUGAAUCGAAGGAAUCUAAUGAUUUUGCUCGCCAGUUUCUAGAAAGAAGAUCUAAGUUACUUCGGGUGGGGAUGGUGACUCCAUCAGACGACUUGUGCUCCCCAGCCAUAGCGGUGAACCCUCGCACUACCUCCGGCUCCGACUACCAGGAGGUCAAAGGGAAAGGGAAAAAAACUAAGAAGAAUAAGAUGCUGAAGGUCGACGCGCGCAUUCUGGGAUUCUCAGUGACCGCCGCAGAAGAUCGCAUCAACGUGGGCGACAUCGACACCGUGUGAGCUGUCGUCCGCGCCCCUCUCGUGUUCACUAUAACUCGCCUUGUGAUAACCCAUCGGAGAUAUAAACACUUGUGUCGACACCUACUCUUGCAACAAAGUUCGUUGAGUCGGCCGGCGGGCUCG